UUUUAAUUGGGUGAUGCACAAUUGGUGAUGAUGAUGAUGAUGACGAUCAUGCAUUAUUCUUCGUUUAAAAAAUUCGAAGAAUCGAUUUAAGCAACAUGCAUAAAUACCUGCACCCACUUGCCCAUUCUCCCAAAUUCUUUUGCAUGCAAAAAUUUAAUUGAUCAGUAUCAAUCAGCUGUAGCAAACAACUAAACAACAAAAAUCCUCACAGCUGCUAAUUAAGCUCACAUUAUGGUUAAUAGUACUAAUAAUUUCAAUACAAGCUCAAUCAAAACUUCUUCAGGAGGUGCAUGGCAAGGGGAUAAUCCACUUCAAUUCGCAUUCCCGUUGUUAGUUGUUCAAACCACCGUCGUCCUCCUCAUCAGCCGCCUCCUUUUCUUCCUUCUCAAACCCCUCCGCCAGCCUAAAGUGGUCGCCGAAAUAUUGGGUGGAAUAUUACUCGGACCGUCGGCUCUGGGCCGAAAUGAGCAGUUCAUGCGGUGGAUUUUCCCGAAAUGGAGCAACCCGAUACUGGAAUCGGUGGCCAGCAUUGGGCUUUUGUUCUUUAUGUUCCUUGUUGGUCUUGAACUGGACCUGGCCGCCAUUCGCCGGAGCGGCAGGAAAGCCUUCGGAAUAGCGGCGGCCAGUAUAUUGCUGCCCUUUCUGUGCAGCGCCGCCAUCUCAUUCUUCCUCAUCAGGAAAGCCGUCGAAGGCGGAGACCAUCAUCACCACAAAGUUGGUUACAUUCAGUUCCUCACUUUCAUCGGAGUUUCCCUCUCCAUCACGGCUUUCCCUGUCCUGGCCCGCAUUUUAGCCGAACUCCGGCUUCUCACCACGGAGGUCGGCCAAACCGCCAUGGCCGCCGCCGCCUUCAACGACGUCGCGGCCUGGAUCUUACUCGCCCUAGCAGUCGCCCUCGCCGGCGGAGCCAAAAGCCCUUUAAUAUCCAUCUGGGUCCUUCUCUCCGGCGCCGCAUUCGUCGCUUUCAUGCUCGUCGUAGUCCGGCGAGUAAUGAAGUACUUGUUGACCGCCGGGGGUGAAGCCGUCCUCGACGAAGCUUAUAUCUGUUUGACUUUGGCGGCGGUCAUGGUUUCCGGGUUCGUUACGGAUCUCAUUGGGAUUCAUUCCAUUUUCGGGGCGUUUAUAUUCGGAUUGACUAUACCGAAAGACGGUGAUUUUGCGGCGAAUUUGACGAAGAGAAUUGAGGACUUUGUUUCGGGGCUUUUGUUGCCGCUUUAUUUCGCUUCCAGCGGGUUGAAAACGGACGUGACGACUUUGCAUGGGCUGGAGGCCUGGGGAAUUCUGGCGCUGGUGAUUUCGACGGCUUGUGCCGGAAAAAUAUUGGGGACUUUCUUUGCGGCGAUGAUGUGUAUGAUUGAUGUCAGGGAAUCGUUAACGCUUGGUGUGUUGAUGAAUACUAAGGGAUUAGUGGAGCUCAUUGUUCUUAACAUUGGGAGAGAAAAAGAGGUCCUGAAUGAUGAGAUGUUUGCAAUAUUAGUGAUAAUGGCACUCUUUACGACCUUCAUGACUACUCCAAUCGCAGUGGCCAUAUACAAGCCCACCCGAAAAUUCUCAUCCGACCAUAAACUGGAAGAAUCUUCAACAAUAGCAGCAGAAUCAUCAGCCAAAGAGCUCAGACUCUUAAUGUGCAUCCGUGGACCGGAAGAUUCAUCCUCACUCGUAAACUUAAUCGAGCUUUGCAGAUCCACCCAACUCUCCCAACUCAAGCUUUAUGCAAUGCAGCUUCUUGAACUCACGGAACGAUCCUCGUCAAUUUUGAUGGUUCAACGCGCAAGAAAAAAUGGCGUUUCUUGCAUCAGGCGCUGCAACAGUCGAGGCGAAUCCAGUGACAUUAUUGCUGCUUCAUUCAAAUCACACAGUCAUCUUUCCAAAGUUAAGGUUCGUCCCACAACAUCCAUCUCUGCUUUGUCUACAAUGCAUGAGGACAUUUGCCAUGUAGCAGAGAGAAAGAGAGCGGCAAUGAUCAUCUUGCCAUUCCACAAGGCUUGGAGGAGGAUUGAUGGAGACCAAGAAAAAGAGAUGAACUUUGGCCAUAGUUGGAGAGAAGUCAACCGGAGGGUAUUAAUGAAUGCAACGUGCCCCGUGGGAAUGCUGGUUGACUGUGGAUUUGGAGUUGCAGGGCAGCAAAAUUCAGGGGAUAAUGCUGUUGCAAAGAGAGUCUGCAUUAUUUUCCUAGGCGGCUCCGAUUCCAGGAAAGCUCUUCAGUUGGGGGUCAGAAUGGCAGAACAUCCAGCUGUGAGGGUUACCGUUUUCAGGUUCAAAUCGUUCACAGACACGGAUGAAGCUGCAGAAUCACACGCAACUAAGGAAAUGGAUAACACAGCUCUAGCCGAGUUCAGGAGGAAUUGGAAGGGGGAGGCAGAGUACAUUGAGAAGGAAACAGGGAACCUAACCAAAGAAGUGAUGGCGAUCAGACAGAGAGGGGAGUUUGAACUGAUAAUUGUCGGCAGGGGAAGGUUUUCACCCGAGGUAACAGCUCACCUGGCAGACCGCAGAGUUGAGUUUGAUGAGCUGGGACAUAUUGGUGACCUGAUAUCAUCAGGGGAAGGUAUAAGGUGUUCUUUGCUGGUUAUCCAGGAAAGUGAUACUGUUAUUGGGGAUGGAAAAAAUCCCAAGUUCCAGAACGAACAACUGUAACAGUGCUCAUAAGCAUGUUGCGAACCUUUGAUCGAGGGUAUAUACCCUCGUAAAGUUUGUGUAACAAAGAUCUUCACAUCGACUGAACCUGACGUACUUCCCUUCCCCUGUUCCUUCUCAAUGUCGCCUGCAGCCAACCCAAAAUCCUCCUCUUGAUUCUCCUUUAUUGGAGAACAAAGGGGAGCACCCUUGUCUUUAAUUGUUUUCUCCUGUUGGGUAGUUAUUUCGUUGUGUCACUAUGUCAGAAUUAAGAUGGUACUCCUAAUUCCCUGUCAUGUUACCUACCCCCUUCAAUGAACUCAAACCAAUCGUCCUUACUCCUUAUAACGACUUCAAAUCAGCAAUUGGUUUACCACGAGGGGAAAGAUGUGAAACAGGUUUGAUGAUAGCACGGUUGAAGAAGCAGAAAUCUACUACAAAGGCCAGACAAUGAAGUUUUCUGAAGAUUUUGUUCACAUGAAUUUUUUAGAAUAUGGAGUUCUGGUCGCAAUAUUUAAUUAUUUACUUCUUCGACUUUUCACAAGCCUUUGUAGGAUUAAAGUACCUAUCCGAUGGUGUCUGAACUCUGUAAUGAUGUUAUAUGCAAUGUAUCUAUAAUAAAGUUUGUAAUCUUUUCUACAGUCUUGAUAUUACUAAUUGAUUUCCACCAUAGCAAAUUUAGACAGCUGAUGCUGACAGGUUUUUGAAGGCCA